UUUGUGUGGAGACUUUCGACCUUAGGGUUUCCCGUUCUGCUCGACAGGGGCCGGAUGCGGCGCAUCAGCUCGCGGUGAUCGUGCUAGGCCUCGAUUCGAUUCGCCGGUAAGUCGGUGGCAGCAGGAAGUAGAGGUGGAUUCUAGAUCCCUGGGAUGAUCGGCCGGGAGUUCGCUUAGAAAUCUCUCCGCCGCUGGAUGAGAAUGGGUGCAGGAUUGUGAGGUUUAAUCGGCAGCUAGCGAGAGCUAUGGAUCUGGGAGGUCCAGCCUCGCAAAUCUCAGGGUAGGAAGGGGAUUGACGCAGGGAUUUGGGCUCGUUUAGCGGUGUGUAGAGGUUUCUUUUAUGGCUAGAGGGAGAAAAGAGUUUCCUAGGAGUUACAACAAGAAAGAAGGCUGCUCUGGGCUUGGGCUCCCCGAGGCUCCGGUGUUUUACCCGACGGAGGAGGAGUUUAGCGAUCCUCUCGAGUACAUCGCACAGAUUCGUCACUUGGCGGAGCCAUACGGCCUGUGCAGGAUAGUUCCUCCAAAGUUUUGGGAUCCUCCGUUUGCGCUAGAUCUCCAGUCCUUCUCCUUUCCGACCAAGCUUCAGGCUAUACAUCAGCUCCAAGAGAGGUCGGCGGCCUUAAAUCCAGACACCUUUCGCUUCGAGUUCGACAGGUUUCUCGAGUCACAGGGGCGAGUUCUCGAGAGCUGGCCUCAGUUUUGCGGGGAAGAGCUUGACCUCUGUAAGGCUUACAACUGCGUCAAGCGGUAUGGAGGCUAUGAGAAGGUUAUGGAGCAGCGGAAGUGGGGGGAAGUGCUGCGGAUGGUGAAGCCGGACGUAAGUCCCGCCUCGUUUUCUACUGCUGCUCCUGCGAACCUGUGCCACCUUUACGAGAAACAUCUGCUGGAAUAUGAGCGCCAUCGUGCAGAAGGCUUGGCGAAACAGCCACCACAAGCAGUGCCCGAAGCAAGUGGUAACGUCGGGACUGGUGAUGCAGUGGACGUGAAGAUUGGUAGGAAGAGGUCGCUGGCUGAAGAUGAAGUGAGUGCUUCGGUGGAGCCGCCAAAGCGAACUAAAUCGGAAGAUGAAGCCUCGAUGCAGCAAAGGCUUGGGGACCAGUCUUGCGAGCAAUGCCGUAGCGGAGCGCAUGAGCAGCUUAUGCUCAACUGUGACCUCUGUGAUCGAGCGUGGCAUAUGUAUUGCCUCUCCCCUCCUCUCUCGGAAAUGCCCUCUGGAAGGUGGUACUGCCUCGACUGCGUUUCGUCCGAACAGGAAACAUUCGGCUUCUCUCAAGGCAAUCGGCACACCCUGGACUCUUUCCGACGGAUGUGUGACCGGUUCAAGAAGAAGUGGUUUGGCGGGCGUCCCGUGACUUACUCUGAUGUGGAAGAGCAGUUCUGGGAGAUAGUCGAAAGAUCCACAGGACCUGUUGAAGUGCUCUAUGGAAGCGACCUCGAUACGUCUGUGUAUGGAAGUGGGUUUCCUCGUCCGAAUGAUGCUGUUCCGAAGUGGGCUAAGCAGGAUUCGUGGGAAGCGCACGCAAACAGCCCGUGGAAUCUAAAUAACUUUCCUAAGCUUAAUGGAUCAAUGCUCCGGCUGGUAAAUGAGAACAUACCAGGAGUUAUUGUACCAUGGCUGUACGUGGGAAUGCUCUUCUCCUCGUUCUGCUGGCAUUACGAAGAUCAUUGUUUCUACUCUGUGAAUUACCUCCACUGGGGAGAGCCUAAAUGCUGGUAUAGUGUACCUGGCAGUGCUUACGACGCGUUUGAAGAGGUUAUGCGGUCGACGUUCCCAGAUUUAUUUCAUGCACAGCCGGACUUGCUCUUUCAACUGGUUACGAUGCUAAAUCCAGCAGUUUUGCGGGAUAAAGGCGUGCCUGUGUGCACAACUUUGCAGGAGCCUGGAAAUUUUGUCAUCACCUUUCCACGGUCUUAUCACGGAGGAUUUAAUCAUGGAUUCAAUUGCGCAGAAGCUGUCAAUUUUGCUCCGCUGGACUGGAUUCCGUUUGGAAGAUUUAGCAUCGAGCGCUAUAGGUUCUUUCACAAAGCUGCUGUUCUUUCACACGAGGAGCUCCUUUGUGUCGUUGCCAAGAACGAAGGGGCCGGAAAAGGUUGCUCCUGGAUGCAAAAUGAAUUGAUACGCAUAACUUCCUUAGAGCGCAAGCUAAGAGAAGAGCUUUGGCAACGUGGAAUGGUGAAAAGUUCGCGUAUGCAACCGCGUGCGUACACUAAUGUUGGCAAAGAAGAGGAUGCCGAAUGCAUCAUAUGUCGUUAUUAUUUACAUCUCUCGGCUGUGGUGUGCUCUUGUCGUCCUGGAAAUGCCGUAUGCCUGGAGCACGCGGAGCAACUCUGCGAAUGCAGCGCUGACAAAAAGUGCCUCCUUUAUAGGCUUUCUUUGGCCGAGCUCGACGACAUAGGAUCAGAAAUUUGCCACGUGAAGGAAGACAAUAAAACCGACAUUCUCCAGUGCAAAGAGCUCAAGAGGAAUGAUAUUUCCUUGAUGCAACUUGCGAGCAAUUGGAUCUCCCGAGCUGCUUCUGCCAACUCGAAGGUCCCUUUGUUAGCUGAUGUCGAGGAUUUACUGCGGCAAGCGGAGCAGUUCUUGUGGGCAGGGCAUGAGAUGGACGAGGUUCGCCGACUGGAAAGUACUUUGGCUUUCAGGUAUAACUGGGCAAAAGACGUUGCCGCAUGUUAUAAUGCUGUGCAAGAGAGGCUUCACGAUAGCAAAAGUGCUCGAGUCCUGCUGUCCCGGGUGAGCGAUUUGGUGGCAGCAGAUCCUUUACCCUGUGUCGAACCAUAUGCCUCAAAGCUCAAGCCUUUUGUGCGGGAUGGAUGUAACUUACAAAAGCAAAUUGGGAUCCGUUUGUUGUCUUCCUCGCCAGACGUCCGAUCGCUGCAGAAGCUUCAGCAUGAAAUUCUUCGUCUGCCCUUCGACUUUCCCGAGGCGCAGAAGAUGCAGGAAAUCCUUACCACUGCUCAGUUAUGGUCUGAGAGAGUUCAGAGACUCCUUUCUACGGGAAAAGAAAGCCAGAAGCGAGAACUAGCCGAUUUAAGUCAAUUGCUUGAGUUGCAAUCUGAGGGUUUAAAGUUGUCCGUGAUGGUUCCCGAGAAGCGUUUGUUGGACGUGGUGGUUAAGAAGGCGGAAAGCUGGCAACAACAUGCAAGUGAGUUGCUCGAAUGCAAUCCACCUGUUCAGGAGCUUGAAGAAAUUCUGUCCGAAGCAAGUGGAUUACCAGUUAGACUACCUCAAGUUGACAUACUCAGUAAUUAUCUUUUGGAAGCUCGAUCCUGGUCUGAACGCGCUCAAGUCGCGCUAAAAACACUUCAUGAUCAAAGGGACUACGGUUCUGUAGUCGUAGUUCUGAAGGAUUUGGUUGAAGCUAGCGAGUCCUUGCGAGCUCAGGUGGACGAACUGAGCACGGUGAAAAUGGAGCUAAAGAGAUUUUCCUGGAUGGAGAAAGCAUCUAACGCUUUAAGCUGCCGAUCUCCGACUAGUGUCCUGGUCGAGCUUUCGGAAGAAGCGAAUGGGAAUGAAGACUUGUUUUUAGAAGUUCGCAGCAUUACGGGAGCAGCAUUAUCUUGGGAAGGAAAAGCCCGGGAAGCGCUGGGGCUGGGUGCAACUUACGAUGUGUUCCUUGAGCUUGUUAGUGAAUCCGAAACUAUAAAUGUAGCUUUAGCGUGCCUUCCCGAUGUGAAGAAUGUAGUCAACCGAGCAGAUUCUUGGUUGCCCCGCGCAUCCAAUUUAGCAGACCUUUGCACGAAAGAUUCUAUGAAAACUGUGAAACUCAUCGAACUCGGUACGCUAAAGGAGCUAGUCUCUGAGAUGGACUCCUCACCUAUCCUACUUCCCGAGCUUAAAGUCCUCCGAACUUGCCUUCGAGAUCUUGAAGAAUGGAGCCAUCAAGCAACCAUUGUGCAGGACCCCGUGAGGGGGCUGUUAACUGGAAACGGAACUUCGGUUGACUUAGACUCGAAUGAUCGGGUCUCCUCCUACAUGGCGGAACUUCGCGUGCAGUUAUGCCGUUUGCACGAAAUCGCAACUCAAGGUGUACCAUACAAUGUCGUCCUUGUACAGUUAGACGACGUACGAAAUCUGGUAGAUGCUGUAGAGUGGACACUAAAAGCUCUGGAGCUGCUUUUGCGUUGCCCUUCGAUACAGGCUCUUGAAGUGCUGCUCGAGACCGGCAAAAAAAUGGUUCUGGUGACACGAGACUCUUUUGUGUUUAAGUAUCUGGAAAGAGCUAAAAACCGUGCCAAGACCUGGCAUUCGAAAGUAACUUCGUUGAUUGAGGACUUCGAAACUAAAGUCUCUCCCAUUCUAAUUGAGCAGUUGCUUCUGGAAUCGAAGGCAUUAAAGAUUGAUUUUCGUUCGGAAGUUUCUCAAAUUCAACAAGUUCUUGAAGACCACAGAGCCUGGCAGUCGGAAGUUCAAAAGGUAUUUAAUGGAACUUCCACUCUUUCCUUGCCAGAGCUGCUUUCCCUCCAGGAAGCAGGGGAAGCGAGUAUAAUUCAAAGUAUGGAGGUAGACUUGUUAGAUACGGAAAUAGUAGGAGUUGGAGCGUGGUUAGUACGGUGCGAGGAAGUUGUAGGCACGGCACAUAAUAACCUUAGGGACGGUCUUCUUCAGCUUAAAAGGUCGGCAGAUCACGCUCUUCGGAUUGUUGGCCUGUCCAACAAAGAGAUCAAAGGGUCCUGCGUAUGCCAGGAAGCUGCAGAUGAAUCUGAUAACACUUCUUUAAGCUGUGACAAAUGUAGGGAUAGGUUUCACGCGCGUUGCGUCGGCGUUACACAGUUUCAAACAAUAACACAAAAUCAAAGGCAAUACGUGUGUCCGUUUUGUACAGCUAUAUCGUCUGGGGCAGUAUUUUCAAAGGAUGACGUGACCAGUAAGAUGUGUGCAACACAAAAGGCUACACUGUCUUCGCUAGUUGAGCUUGCAAAUGCAGCUAAAGCACUACAUUGCAGGGUGGAAGAGGAGGAUUUGGUUGAAAGUAUCUUGGAAUCUGUCUUUACGUGGCAGGAAUGGGUACAUAAAACUGUGACACCUAUGCUAGCCAAUGACAGACGAGAGGUGGAUCUUCAAGUCCUUCGGUCCGCCUUAAAGGCAGCAUGCAUGAUGCAAGUGUACGAUGACGCAAGUGCCGAAGUGAAGCGUGCGGUUGCUGUGCGUGCUUGGCGCAUACGCACCAAAAAGUUGCUGGACAGCGUUGAAAAGCCUUGUUUUCGUUCCAUUUGCCGGGCUUUAGAAGAAGCAGUAGCCAUGAGCGUCCCAACGGAAGACGGGUUGCUGCUCGACGUAAGAAGCCGAGAAGCAGAGGCGUCUGCCUGGGCCAAUCGCGUUAAACAGGUGGUGGAAGACGGUGGAGUUACACCCCUGGAGGAUGUGAUGAGGCUCAUCUCGAAAGCUGACGGGCUGCGUGUGACUGUGACGAAGGAGCUAACGGCAUUGCGAGCAAGGAGCGUGCUGUAUUGCAUCUGCCGAAGGCCUUACGACGAGGCUCGAGCUAUGAUCGGGUGCGAUCGCUGCGGCGAGUGGUACCACUUCAGCUGCAUCAACCUCCCAGAGCCGGAGAGCAACGACGGCGACUGUGAUGCUUGCCUGCGUGACGAGCUCGGGCCGAGCGGCGAGUUCUUCUGCCCGGCGUGCAAGAAAGUCGGCAAGACCAAAGAGCACAUCCGCCUGCUCGAUGGUGGCCGGGUGGUGGCAACGAGCACGAAACGCUGUAGCAGCAACGGUGGCAGCAGUGGUCGACGGCAGCGGCAGCGUCUUCGCCAGGAUCACGAAGACGACAUGGAUUACAGGGAGGAGGAGGAAGAAGAGGAGGAGGAGGAGGAGGAAGAGGAGGAAGAGAUCAUCUUGGAGGAAGAAGAGUAUGACGAGGGAGGGGGCGAUGGAGGAGGGGGAGUUUUGGAUAGCUCCUCCAAAGUAAGGCCAUGUCGAAGGACCGCCGGCCAACACAGAGGCUUUGACAGUUUUGUGAUGCUCACCAGAUAGCCAGCCAGCUCCUCUAGCUAAUAGGCUAUUGUCAUUCAUUCUUUUGUAUAUUAUAUUAGCUCUAAUUGGAAAUAAGUCUAAACGUUAUUUAGUC